AUGCGAUUCUUCGAUUUCCUCCUGCUUUCAUUGGUAGCGGGGGCCUGCAAAGCCUCAACAGUCGACCACGCCACUGCAGCUGCAUCGCAGCAAGCGUGCCAGAGAAUAGCUGGCCAUCUCGGGGCCUCCAUUGUCCAGUCAUCCGGUGCCGCAUACGACUUUGCCGCCAGCAAUGCGUGGAACUUCGCCAACGCCCUUCUCCGACCGACGUGCAUCGUCUUCCCCAGCCAGGCGGCCCAUGUCCAGGCCGCCAUGCGUGAAAUAUAUCGCGCCAAGUCGCGUUUUGCCGUCCAAGCGGGGUCCCACAGUGCGAUGAAGGGGUGGAACAACGUCCAAGACGGCGUUCUCAUUGUUUUUUCAAACAUGAAAAACGCGACCUACAAUCCCGCAAGCGAUUCGAUAAUCCUGGAGCCGGGAAUUCAUUGGGGGGAGGCAACAGCGACUCUAUCGCGGUUUGGUGUUGCGCCCGUUGGAGGUCGUGUUGGGGACGUCGGAACGGGCCUGUUACUUGGUGGCGGUCUUUCCUUCCUCAGCCCUUCGCAAGGGUAUGCGGCGGACAAUUUCAAGGCCCUCGAUGUUGUGCUUGUGGACGGGAGACUUAUAACUGCAACCGCAACGAAUCAGUACUCCGAUCUCUUCCGCGCCAUGAAAGGCGGGGCCAAUCGAUUUGGGAUCGUGACGAGAUACGAAGUUCAAGCGGUCCAUGUCGGAACUGACGACGAGACACCAUUCUUUGGAGGAUUCAUCAUUUACGAUGGCUCAACGGCUGAAGCUCUGAGUAAAGCCACUGCGAAAUAUGUGCGAGAGGUCAAUGACCCACAAGCAGUACUUCUGACCACAUUCACGACCAUCGUUCUCCAGGGAGUCCUGCAAACAAUCGCGGAGGUGUUCCUCUUUUACAGGGGCACUUCCCUUCCGCCAUCCAUCUUCGGCGACUUCCUCGCUAUCCCUGCCCUUGUCACGCAGGUCGGGCCACUGAGUUACACCCAGGUGCUCGCCACAAUCGGUCCCGAAUCCGUCAACGCUCAACGGGGCUUCGUCCAACAUAUGGGUGCCUCUGCGCUCGCGGGCCAGGAGCAGCUCUACCUCGAUGCGCUCACACACUACCAAAAUUUCACCAACACGUUCAUGAACCCCGCUUCUGGAGCGGGCAUGAACUACUCGACACUCGCAUUCACGGCCGUACCCGCUUCGCAAAUUGCCGCCGGCCGCGCCAAGGGCGGCAACGUCAUGAUUCCGGCCAAUCUGAAGAAGGGGUUCGCGGCCGUCCAACUCGCCCAGCAGUUCAAUCCCGGCGUCUCGGCCAUCCCGUCGUUUGUCCAGCAGGGCAUCGACCUGCUUUUCCGACAAGUUCCGCCGUCGCCUGGGCUGCCGCUCUAUGUGAACGAAUGCGACGCUGGUCAAAAGGUGUUCGAGUCGUAUGGCGGCUACGAGCUCCUCAAGGCGACCUAUCGCAAGUAUGAUCCCGAACGGUUUAAUGUCCAGCACUGUCAAGGACCGAUUGGGUUGUAA